AGAUUCUGACAAUAAUUAUACCACCAUACAUCACUAUGCUGUAAGCUGCUUCCUCAGCUUCCUUUUCCCCCCACGUCUCAUGUUACACCUGCUCCGUCAGACAAGAAGAAGAUAAAGUCAUGUUGCCCUUCUGUGAGCCAGGUGACACAGACAAUAGAGUAUGGCGAGAUGCUGGAUUCUCGAGAUGCUUUGUCACUAUCACUGGUAGUUUAGCCACAUCUGGUCUACUCAUUGUGUUUGGUUUGGCUACCAUUAUCCUCUGCACCAAUAAAAAAGAGAUAAAGAAAAAGGGAAACAAGAACAAACGGCGCCAUUUUCUCUACUCAAAAGCACUUCUCUUUGAGAUCAUCUCCACUCUCAUAAUAUCAGCCUCAUUUCUAGCAGAACUCCUAGUUAGAAUCUUUCUAGAGGAUGGGUCUCGUUUGUACGGUUACAACCUAGUGACAUGUAUCACAAGCCUAGUCUCUUGGCUCUUCUCCUUGAUAUUGAUUUACAGGGAAAGGCUAAGCUCUUAUUUCUGUCUCCAUCACAGCCUAUCUCUGGUUCUCUUUUGGUUGCUAAACAUCAUUUGGUUAUCAGCCUCCAUAGUAUCUUGGUCAAGCAGUGAGUGGUGGUGGGGAUUAGAUGAUAAAAUUGAUAUUUCUGAUCUCGUUUUAUUCUGCGUUAGACUUUCCCUCCUUCUCUUGUUGACUAUCGUUAGCAUCCUGAGACCUCUUGUUGGUUCUAAGAAGAUUCUUAAUAAUCGUUUGAUAAUCAAUGAGGUACCGAUUGAUGCCGAAAACGAAUGGGAAGAAACAGUUAAGGAAUCCAAAGGCUCCGAAGAUCCCAGCAAAUCCGGUAGCUUCGAACGUAAGAGCAGUCAAGGUUCUGCUUUUGGUAGCCUCUGGAAGAAGACUAAACUGAUAUUCCCUUACGUGUGGCCUAAAGGACACUACCUCUUACAACUAGUCGUCAUCAUUUGCUUUCUAAUCCUCGGAGCUGGCCGAGUCAUCAAUCUCUACGUGCCAAUAUAUUACAAGAAGAUAGUGAAUGGUCUAACUCCUCAGGUGAAUACAACGGACUCACUUGAUCUAGCAUUCGGCAUGACAUUAGGAAACUCAGGGAUCACAUUCCCUUUGGCGUCCAUCUUGAUCUACGUAUUACUUCGUUUCUUGCAAGGAGGUGCCGUGGGUAGUAUGGGCUUUGCCAAUAACCUACGGACGUUCCUGUGGAUCAAAGUGCAGCAGUAUACCAGUCGGGCCAUGCAGGUCCGUCUCUUCUCUCAUUUACAUAGUCUCUCGCUUCGUUGGCAUCUUGGGCGAAAGACUGGUGAGGUGCUUAGAGUAAUGGAUAGAGGCACAGAUAGCAUCAAUAACCUACUCAGCUAUGUUCUGUUUAACAUUUUACCAACCAUUGUUGAUAUUGGGAUUGCCGUGAUUUAUUUCAUAAUAGCGUUUGACGCUUGGUUUGGUCUCAUUGUGUUCACAACGAUGGUAUCUUACUUACUCUUGACAAUAUCGAUCACUGAGUGGCGUACAAAGUAUCGGAGGAUUAUGAACGAGAGAGAUAAUGAAGUUAAGGCUAAAGGAGUCGAUUCACUCCUCAAUUUUGAGACAGUUAAGUAUUAUGGUCAUGAAGAAUUUGAGGGCGAUCGUUUCAGAGAUGCCAUUUUAAAUUAUCAGAGUGCCGAGUGGGAGAGUCUUGCUAGUCUUAAUUUGCUUAAUUCCGGACAGAACAUCGUCAUAACAGCUGGUCUCCUGGUGGGAUCAAUGCUAUGUGCUUAUAGGGUAUAUCAAGGUGUCCUUAAUGUUGGUGAUUUUGUAUUAUUUGCCACCUACAUAAUCCAGCUGUAUGCUCCACUCAAUUUCUUUGGUACUUACUAUCGCUUGAUUCAACAAGCAUUCAUUGACAUGGAGAACAUGUUUGACCUGCUGGACGUGUCAUGUGAGAUUACUGACAAUCCUAAUGCCUCACCAUUGCAUAUCACUGAUGGAUGCAUUGAGUUUCGUCGAGUGUAUUUUCACUAUAAUCCUGAGAAGCCGAUACUAAAGGAUCUCUCCUUUACUGUACGAGCAGGAGAGACUGUGGCACUUGUUGGUACCUCUGGAGCUGGAAAAUCGACCAUUAUAAGACUCCUGUUCAGAUUCUAUGACAUCCAAGAUGGUCAGAUUCUAAUUGACGGACAAGACAUUCGUCACGUGAGACAAGCCUCGCUGCGUCAGAAACUGGGCGUGGUCCCACAAGACACGGUUCUCUUCAACGAUAACAUCAGAUACAACAUUCGCUACGGAAGGAUAGACGCCAACGACAGAGAAGUAGAAGAAGCAGCACAUUAUGCUGACAUGGACGAACGAAUCAAGUCUUUUCCACAGCAGUACAAUACUACGGUCGGCGAGAGAGGAUUAAAACUUAGCGGAGGAGAGAAACAGAGGGUAGCCAUUGCUCGUACAAUACUCAAAAACCCGAUGAUAAUCCUACUGGACGAAGCCACUUCAGCUCUUGAUACCCAAACGGAAAGAAAUAUCCAGAAUUCACUUAUGAGGGUCUGUCAGGGUAGGACCACCAUUAUAGUCGCUCACCGGCUGUCUACCAUCAUUCACGCUAAUCAGAUAUUAGUCCUCAGUGAGGGGGAGGUCUGCGAGAGAGGGACUCACGAGGACUUGCUGUCUUUGGGCGGAGUCUAUUCUAACAUGUGGAGACAGCAGCAGACUAGCCUUGAAGAAGAUAACGUCAAUGGCGUUGAUAUGAUGGGGGAGGAUGCUGAGAAUAUACUAUAAAGCAUAAAGGAGGACUUGGAACUAGUGAUUGCAUGGUGUAUCAUAAAUCAUUGGUAAAGGUCGUGUUGAUUUAGUUAUUAAUAAAAAAGCAUUCAUGCUUUCUCAUGUUUUUUUUCCAAAAAAUACUUAGCAUUGAAAUAA